UUGGUUAUCCAUGGAGUCAGGUUGGUAAAGUUCUGAAGAAAUUGGAUGUCUAAAUUUCAGAGAAAUGUGAGCAGUAAUUAUUAACAGUUAUGUAACUGGAAGAGCAACUUAAGUAGCGACACCGAUUUGUGGUUUAACUUCGUCCUCUAUUGAAGGAUUUAUACUGACUAAUCUUCGAUUAUUUUAUUGAAUUCAAAGUAGGUCUAGAGUUCCUACCCCCACUGAUCUGGCUAACAAGCUAAUGUUAGCCCCGCCUCCAAGAAUAGCAAAAAUAAAAACACACUUUGAGUUUCGCCUUGAUCCGAAAAGUGAACUCAAAUCGGAGAGUAAUCGAAGUGCCACUCUUGUGGGUGAUAUAUAUCGGACACUAUGUGUUAAUACCUGUUUUAUUACUUCGUAUUUGACAUUGGCUAUACAGAAAAGUAGGCACCGAUUGGUUGGUUUUGUGCAGAUACGCCGCUGUUACUGUUAGCUAAAAGGGGAAAGCUAUCCACCGUUUUGAAAAUAACCAGCUAGUUUGCGAUCGAGAACACAGUUGAUUUACAGCCAAUUUGGAUGACAUCGGUGUAGGUAGAGGCACAGACAGGUGUGUGGUCAGGGGCCCAUGAGAAGGCCACGCAGGAGGGGAAACCCAGCCGGGGGUUUGGGAGGCAGGCAGCGGGCAGAUGCAGCUGUCCGAGGGGCGGGACCGGGGGGGCGAGGGGCCAGUCAGCAGCGUCCCUCAUCCCCCCACGGCAACCUUAAGGUGUCUCCGGCUCGGGAGACGCUGACCUACGCCCAGUCGCAGAAGAUGGUGGAGGUGGACCUGGAUGGACGGCUUCACCGCAUCAACAUCUUCGACCCGCUCCCGGUCAUCACCGAGGACGAGAUGACCGCCCAGGACAUCGCUGAGUGCAACAGCAACAAGGAGAACAGCGAGCAGCCUGCCCCGGUCGCCGUGGCGACUCCCGGACGCAAACCGACGGGGAACAGAGGCCGCAGGAAAGACAGCAAGCACUCGCUCUCGUCCUCCGCUACGUCCCAGAACAACAGCGCUCACGCUCAGUCCCACGCGCAGCCCCACGGCCCCAGCCAGCUCCCCGAGCCCACGUUCCGCGAAGUGGACACCUUCUCCCCCGUCGAGGCCACCCCACUGCCCACCGCCUACUACCGCUACAUCGAGAAAUCGGUCGAGGAGCAGGAGGCCGACGCCGAGUACGACAUGGACGACGAGGACACGGCGUGGCUGGAGAUGGUGAACGACAAGCGCUCCUCGGACCACCAGACGGCGGUGUCGCCGGACGUCUUCGAGCUGCUGAUGGACCGGCUGGAGAACGAGUCGUUCCUGGAGUCGCGGAGCCAGGCGUCGGCGCAGAGCGCCAUCGACGAGGACGCCUUCUGCUGCGUGUGCCUGGACGACGAGUGCCUCAACAGCAACGUGAUCCUCUUCUGCGACAUCUGCAACCUGGCCGUGCACCAGGAGUGCUACGGCGUGCCGUACAUCCCCGAGGGCCAGUGGCUGUGCCGCUGCUGCCUGCAGUCGCCCGCGCGGCCCGUCGACUGCGUGCUCUGCCCCAACCGCGGCGGCGCCUUCAAGCAGACCAGCGACGGGCGCUGGGCGCACGUGGUCUGCGCCAUCUGGAUCCCCGAGGUGUGCUUCGCCAACACGGUCUUCCUGGAGCCCGUGGAGGGCGUGGACAACAUCCCGCCGGCACGCUGGAAGCUCACCUGCUACCUGUGCAAGCAGAAGGGGCGCGGCGCCUCCAUCCAGUGCCACAAGGCCAACUGCUACACGGCGUUCCACGUGACGUGCGCGCAGCGCGCCGGCCUCUUCAUGAAGAUCGACCCGGUGCGCGAGACCACCGUCAACGGCACCACCUUCUCCGUCAAGAAGACGGCGUUCUGCGAGGCGCACUCGCCGCCGGCGCACGACCGGCAGGCGUCGGACGACGAGGAGUCCGGCCGGGUGCUGGGGAGCCGGGCCCAGCGCGGGUGCAGCGCCUACACGCAGGCCCCGCACCUGAAGAAGCAGAAGAAGGGCGGCAAGAAGGAGUCCAAACAGCAGCAGCAGGACAAGAAGAAAGGGAAGAAGAACCAGGAGGUGGCGGCCAAGAAAGUGGCCUCGCCGCUGGUCACCGUGUCCCAGAUUCCCAGCCACAGGUUGAACAAAGUAUGUAAAGGAAUCAUCAUCCAGAGAAAGAACCAGUUCCUACAGAGACUUCACAACUAUUGGUUACUGAAGCGUCAGUCACGAAAUGGGGUGCCUUUGAUUCGUCGGCUGCACUCUAAUCUUCAGUCUCAGAGAAAUGCAGAACAGAAGGAGCCGGAUGAGAAGGUGAGCGCUGUGCGGGAGGAGAGGAAAUACUGGCAGAAACUGAGGCACGACCUGGAGAGAGCCAGACUGUUGGUGGAGCUCAUCCGCAAGAGGGAGAAGCUCAAGAGAGAACAGGUGAAGGUGCACCAGGCUGCCCUGGAGAUGCAGCUGACCCCGUCCCUGGUGCUGCUGCGCUCCGCACUGGAGCAGCUGCAGGAGAAGGACACGGCGCAGAUCUUCACCGAGCCCGUCAGCCUCAAGGAGGUCCCUGACUACUUGGAGUUUAUCGCUCAUCCAAUGGACUUUUCCACCAUGCGCUCGAAGUUGGAAGCCCACAAGUACCACACCAUCGCUGACAUGGAGGUGGACUUCAACCUGAUGAUCUCCAACUGCCUCACGUACAACAACAAGGACACCGUCUUCCACCGGGCUGCAGUGCGCCUGCGAGACCUAGGGGGCGCCAUCCUGCGGCAGGCUCAGAGGCAGGCCCAGAACGCGGGCCUGGACCCCAGCACGGGCAUGCACCUGCAGGAGUCUCCGCAGAAGACGGACUACUACCGCUGCACCUGGGAGGACGUGGACUCUCUGCUGGAGCCGGAGAACCGCGUGCACAUGUCGGCCGAGGAGCAGCUGCGCGAGCUGCUGGACAAGCUGGACAUGGUGACGUCCAUGCGCUCGAGCGGAGCGCGCGCACGCCGCGUCCGCCUGCUGCGCCGCGAGAUCCACAACGUGCGCUUCCGCCAGGGCCAGUCGUCCGCACGCCACACGCUCAACGGGGACAUCAAGGAGGAGGACGAGGACGACGAUGACGACGAGGAGGAGAGGGAGAAAGAGGGAGACCACACGCUGUCUGGAUCUGAUAAAGAGGAUUCCAAGUGCACUCCCCCACCAACCCUGGAGCCCUCAGGAUUGGCCCAUCCCCCUCCACGGGAUGACGCCCCCCAGGACCCGCCCACCCUGCGGCCGAUGACGACGGAGCCCAGGACCCCAAGCCGUCCGAACAAACGCCUGAAACUGAACAGCGAGAGCUCAGAAACGCCAGUGACGCCCCCGGCAAUCACUAAGAACUGCACCAAAGAGGAGGAGACUCUAAAGACGCCACCCCAGACACCGGACAAAGGUCCUGGGCUGGUCAACGGGCUCUCUUCCCCCGAGACGCCCACACCCCCCCGGGUCACAGGUGGGGUGGGCCGCCGGACUUCUGUCCUUUUCAAAAAGGCCAAAAACGGAGCCAAGUUGCAGAAGGAGAAAGAGAAAGACAAUCAGCUGCAAAACGGAGGUACAGACUCAAUCAGCCCCUCGAACUGCCUUCAGACCCCCCCACCUCUGACUUCCGUGCCCACGACCCCAACCAAACCCCCAACCCCCACCCCUCCCUCCCCUCCGCCUCCCAAGCGGAGGCCUCGGAGUCGAGGCAGCAGCCCAGAACGCCACCGAGACACAUCACCUCAACGCACGCCAGAGGCAGGUCUCACAAAUGGUUUCAAAAAGCACAAAGAUGGCGGCUCCGAUUCUGAAUCCAGCUCGCCUCCAACGAUACCCAGGGAAAUUGCGUCACCACCGAAGAAGAGCCGAGGGAAGCCGGCCCUGUCCAAAGUGCCCUUCCUGGACACAGUGAACGGAGACUCGGACUACACUGGAUCAGGUGGUGAUGUGCUUUCCUGUGAAAACAGUGGCGAGUUAGAGCCACUAGAUCUGGUGUGGGCCAAGUGUCGAGGCUACCCCUCUUAUCCUGCACUGAUCAUUGACCCAGAGAUGCCCCAGGAGGGCCUGCUGCAUAACGGGGUGCCCAUCCCCGUGCCCCCGCUGGACGUGCUCCGUCUGGGAGAGGCCCGGCAGGAGGAGGCCGGGGAGCGCCUCUACUUGGUGCUCUUCUUCGACAACAAGAGGACCUGGCAGUGGUUGCCACGGGACAAGCUGAUCCCCCUGGGCAUGGACGACACUGGCGACAAGCUGCGCAUGAUGGAGGGCCGCAAGACCAGCAUCCGAAAGUCCGUUCAGUUGGCCUACAACCGCGCCAUGAUGCACCAGAGUCGCGUGCGUGGCGACCACGGCUUUGUCGCCUCAAAUUACCUCUAGACCCCCUGCCCCCCUGCCCCCCCGCCCCCUCCCCUCCCGAGAGAAGUGCUGAGAGAAGCUGCAGAGAACCCUUAGCCAUAGCUGCUGCCAUCAAUUCCGGCCCGUAGUGUUGGAAACAACAAGAAUACGAAAUCAAACAUCGCCAACAUGCCUUUAAUGCUUCCCUGUUCUGUUUUUGUGUCUGCACCGGAAAAGACUGAAUCUGUUUGUGAAGGGACUGUCCGCUUUACUGGGUAUGAUGGCCGGACAGUACCGUGGGGAAGGGGAAUGUUUUUAUGGAUGAUGGGGUUUUUGUGUUUUAGUUGACGGUUUCUUCUGCAUUCAUUCAUGUAUUUGGGGAUGGUGUUGAUCACGUCUGAAGAUUGGGCGGUAGCUGUUGUUUUGUUUGCCAGAGACGCCCCCUUGUUUUUAAGAGUAUGGACAAUAAGUCACGCGAGCAUUGAAAGGAUCACUGCCAUUUUCUUAUUGUAGCUUUUUACUUUUUGACGUUUUACAAAAACCACUUUGUAUAUUGUAAAGACACUCAUGUAUAUACGUCUGUUUAUACCAUAUGAGAUCUAAUUUAAUUUUGCGCUCCUUUUGCAAAUCAAUUCAAUUACCUGAAGGUAUGAAGAAGAGAGAAAUGUGUACAUAUGUGUAAAAAAAAUCAAUUUAACUGACUUGCUACAAAGUGUAUUUUAGCUUGUGUCUCAGUUUGUGUGUGCAUAUGCACAGCUAUGCAUAUACACUUGGUAUGUGUACUUGCACCGGCGCACACACACCGUCUAUGGCAAAAUAUAUAUUCUCAUUUUUUUGAUACACAGAAAUGUAAUUUAUUUAUGGACCGUUUUAAAAGAAAAAGAAUAGAGAAAUAAAAUUAUAUAUUGGUUGAAGAUUUGAGAUGAAAUUGUUAUUUAAGAUAAACUAUUGAAUAGGGUUAUAAAGACAAACAACCAAGGUGAGAUUGUGACUUUGUGAGGUAGUGACGUUAAGAUUUUUAAAAAAGUAAUAUGGUAGGGUCUCCCAAUGUGUGUUGUUUUUUCUUUUCCACAGCCUGUUCAAAGUCCCCUCUCCACCCAGAAGCACACAAACCUGUAUUUAUUGUAGAAAGUUCCUUGAGUUCUAGAUCCUGUUUAUACUAUGGAGCUCCAGAGCAAUUUUAAGCUUGUACAAACUGCAGAUUUUACCUACUUGCCAAAUAACCGGUCAAACAGUAUUUUCUCAUGUUGAGGGAAAUAAAUGUUAUAUUGAAAACUUUA